CAGGCGGGUAAAGUGGUGGAAAGCGGGCUUAGUGGAGCUUAGUCACCACUAACCAACAGUUGACUCGUUGUGACCAGUAUAUUCCGUACACACUAUACAAAUAUUACGAAUAUUACGGUCUUUUUAUUUUUACAAAUCUCCUUUUAAUCUCGAUAAGUAAUUUGAACGAGUAGGAUUCGAACGCGAAGACGAGAGAAAGAUCAAAGAGUGAAAGAAAAAGAGAGAAGUGAAAUAUGGCGGAGAAAAUGUACCACCCCAAUUCGGAGCUCGCGAGAGAGGCGCACUGCGCUAGCAUGGAACAAUAUAAGCGAAUGCACGAAAAAUCUAUAAAGGAGCCGGUGCAAUUCUGGGGUGAAAUCGCCAAACAAUUUUAUUGGGAAACACCAGCGAUCGAAGACAAGUUUUUCUCAUAUAAUUUCGAUCUGAACAAAGGUGAUAUUUUCAUAAAGUGGAUGGAGGGAGCGUCGACAAAUAUAAGCUUCAACCUACUCGAUAAAAAUGUAAAGAGUGGAAAUGGUGAUAAAAUAGCAUUUUACUGGGAAGGAAAUGAUCCGGAAGAUUAUUCGCGACUGACAUAUAGAAAGUUGCUCGAAGAGACAUGUAGGUUUGCGAAUGUUCUAAAAUCGAAGGAUGUCUCUGUGGGGGACAAAGUGGUGAUUUACAUGCCGAUGAUCUUGGAGCUACCGAUCGCCAUGUUGGCUUGCACGAGGAUAGGGGCGAUUCACAGCGUGGUGUUUGCAGGAUAUUCAUCUGAUUCGUUGGCGGAACGUAUUCUCGAUUCUAAGGCCAAGAUUCUUAUUACUACAGAUGGCGUUUGGAGAGGCGAGAAAUUACUUUUAUUGAAAAAUAUCUGCGACGAAGCUGCGGCAAAGGCCAAGAAGCAUGGCCAUCAACUUGAAAACUGCAUUGUCGUUGCGCAUCUAAGAAGACUCAACAAUCCACAGGGUAAGAUGAAGGGAAUGAAUGGUACUAGCAACGGUACAGCCAUGGAUAUCGCAAAUGUUUCUUGGGACGAUGAUCGAGACGUUUGGUGGCAUGAUGAGAUGGAGGAUGCGGAAGCGAGCUGCUAUCCAGUUUGGAUGGCCGCCGAGGAUCCACUUUUUAUCCUUUAUACGAGCGGUUCUACUGGAAAACCAAAAGGCGUUCUCCAUACUAUCGCGGGAUAUCUGAUCUAUGCAGCAACAACUUUCAAAUAUGUUUUCGACUAUCAUCCAGGUGAUGUUUAUUGGUGUACCGCCGAUUGUGGCUGGAUCACAGGACAUACUUACGUGGUUUACGGUCCGUUAGCAAAUGGCGCAACAUCCGUUAUAUUUGAAGGUACACCCUUCUAUCCAGAAAAUGAUCGAUAUUGGUCCAUUAUCGAUAAAUAUAAGGUCACACAAUUUUAUACGGCACCAACAGCCAUUAGAUCAUUAAUGAAAUUUGGUGAUGAGCUUGUGAAGAAGCACAGUUUAUCCACGCUUAAGGUCCUUGGUUCAGUCGGUGAACCGAUCAAUACCGAGGCUUGGCUUUGGUUUUAUAAUCUCAUUGGCCACGGUAAGUGCAGUAUAGCAGACACGUUUUGGCAAACGGAAACUGGUGGUCAUGUGAUUACACCGUUACCAGGUGCUACACCUAUGAAGCCAGGCUCUGCGACGUUUCCUUUCUUCGGAAUUUUGCCGGAGCUUCUUGAUGAGGAUGGUUGUGUGAUUGAAGGCGAAGGAGAAGGAUACCUCGUUUUCCGUCGACCAUGGCCGGGUAUGAUGCGGACCCUCUAUGGAAAUCACCAACGUUUUCAAAAUACAUACUUUGAUCGAUUCAAUGGAUUUUAUUGUACGGGGGAUGGAGCAAGACGCGACGCAGAUGGGUAUCUGUGGGUAACUGGUCGUAUCGAUGAUAUGUUGAACGUUUCCGGUCAUUUAAUGUCAACGGCUGAAGUGGAAAGUGUGUUGGCGGAACAUUCUUCAGUAGCUGAAGCUGCAGUAGUCAGUAAAUCGCAUCCUGUUAAAGGUCAAUGUCUAUAUUGUUUCAUAACUCCGAACGCAGGGAUGAUAUUUGACGAAAAAUUGCAAGUCGAGCUUAAAAAGAAAGUGCGCGAAAGAAUUGGCCCAUUUGCUCAACCGGAUGUCAUCCAACAUGCUCCGAAUUUACCGAAAACAAGAUCCGGUAAGAUAAUGAGACGUAUGUUGAGAAAAAUUGCAGCAGGCGAUAGAAAUAUCGGAGACACGUCGACAUUGGCUGAUGAAACUGUUAUUCAACUUCUAUUUGAAUUAAGGCCAUGUGUUUAAAACACAUAUUUUUUCUAUUAUAGGAAAAUGAAAGUAUCUUGAAAGAAUUUUUCGUAUCGAUCGUUUACUGAAUAUCG